GAUUAGUCGAUGCAGAUGGCAUGUUGGGGUUAUGAAGUCUGUAUAAAGCACGCUCCUGGAGCCAGAAGUUCACGCUCUCCACAAUCACCAAGGUCUUUGUAUACCAUUCAGCUUGCCCACGAUGCGUGCUACCACCACCCUGUUCUCCCUGUCCCUCCUUCUGGCUGUCUCCGCCAGAAACACCUAUCGCUCCGUCCUUACAGACUGCCUGAACACGGCUUCGGUGCCAAUACUCCUCACGUCCACCACCGGCUGGGCAGAUGAGAUCGAGCCAUACAACCUCCGCUUCACGCCCGCACCUUCCGUCGUGGCCAUUCCGCGCACUCAAGCAGAAGUGCAAUCUGCGGUGAAAUGCGCACACGCAAACAAAAUCCGGGUUUCGGUCAAAGGCGGCGGCCAUAGCUACGGUGCCUACGGACUCAGCGGCACACUGGUACUCGACAUGGCCGAGUUCCAGACCGUGAAUCUCGACCAGACCACCAAGAUCGCUACCGUCGGAGCCGGUGUUCGGCUAGGGAACAUGGCCAAUAAGCUCUUCUCACUGGGGAAGCGUGGCGUUCCCCACGGAACCUGUGAGGGCGUAGGAAUCGGCGGCCACGCCACACUCGGCGGCUUCGGCCUCGACUCGCGCCUCUGGGGGUUAACGGUGGACACGAUCUCGUCGGUGACCGCCGUGCUCGCAAACGGCACUGCCGUGACCGCGUCCGCUUCUCAAAACAAGGAGCUAUUCUGGGCGUUGCGGGGCGCGGGGCCGGGCUUCGCCGUGGUCACCUCCUUCAAGCUCAAGACCUUUGCUGCGCCCGCCGUAAACAUCAACUGGUCGUACACGUACUCGUUCCCGACCCCGGCGGCCGCCGCAACCGCAUUCCAGAUCGCGCAGACGUGGGGACAGCAGAGCGCCCCCAAGGAGCUGGGGUACGGCAUCAUGCUGUUUCCUGGGAAUGCGUUUAUCGUCCGUGGUGUCUACUACGGCGCGAAGGCGAAGUACGAUGCGCUCAUUGCACCGCUUCUGGCGAAGUUGAAGACGGCGCAUGGGGGUGUCGAGCCGACGAAGAGCGUUAAAACCCUCGGCUGGAUCGACUCGCUGACGGAUCUGGCGGGCGCGGCGUUGGCGACCCCCGCUAGGGGUUAUGAUGCCCAUGAUACUUUUUACGCGAAAUCCAUCGUCACCGCCGAAUCCGCACCGCUCUCCUUCGAAGCGCUCACCGCGCUGUUCACCUACCUAUACACCGUCGUUCCGCCCAGCUCAGCGCAAUGGAUGAUAAUCGCGAACCUCUACGGCGGCCCGGGCAGCGUGAUCAACUCUUUGCCCGCAUCGACCGAUCCCAGCUCAACCAGCAGCUACGCCCACCGCACCGCCGGCUACGUCUUCCAGCUAUACGCGUACACCGCCAACUCCCUGCCGCCGUUCGAUGCCGAUAUUAUCCCGCUCGUGGAGGGCAUGGUUACCGCGAUGGGAGAGGAGGCCGCAGACCUGCCCGCUUAUGCGCCGUAUGCGGACCCGGAGCUGGGCCAGGCCGAGGCGCAGGUUAGGUACUGGGGUGAUGGAGUCGCGAGACUGAAGGUUAUCAAGGCCCAGGUCGAUCCCAUGGGGAUUUUGUACAAUCCGCAGGGGUUUUAGAGGUGUUGUUAAUGUUGGGGUAAGUCGCUGGAG